CACGCAAUAUCUGGCAAACGAAGCAGAAGUAGCGAGAGGAUUCGGAAUCCACCUGCCGAUCGAGUCGAAAAAGAUGAAUCCGCGCGCAAUUAUCUUGCUGAGCCUGGCGGCGGUAAUAUCGGCGGCGAACGAGCCGAUAGCCAUCAUCAGGCAGGAGCAGGAUAUCAGCCCGGACGGCAGCUACUUUACGCGGUGGGAGAGCGCCAACGGGAUCACCUUUGAGGAGCAGGGCGUACAGAAGAACCCCGGUCAGAAGGACAAGGAGGCCGAGGAGGUGCGCGGCUCAGCGGCGUGGACCGCGCCCGACGGCCAGAAGAUUAAUAUCGGAUGGUUGGCCGACGAGAACGGCGCCACGUUCCAAGGCGCUCAUCUGCCGACCCCGCCGCCCCCGCCGGAAAUUCCGCCUGUCAUCCAGCGCGCCCUCGACUGGAUAGCAGCCCAUCCCUACAAGGAGGAGAGAAACAGAGUGUAACCAAGCCAGCGACGCGCCUUAUCACGCGGACACGUCGGACGUUUUCACGUUCACGUCUCGUAUCGCGUCUACGUUUGCCUUGAUAUCUCAUGUAAAAAGAGUUUGUAUAAAAUUUCGGUGUACCGAAGGUAAAAGAAGGUUGUGGUGUGGUUUAAUAUCCGAAUAAUCCCCGUGAGCGUGACGUACUUGUGUUCGGCCGAUGAUCGAGUGUGCGAUACGCGGGACAGGGAGAGGGCUGAUCGAGAUAAUCAUGAUGGGAAAUGCGGCGGAUGCGAUAUCGGAACGUUGGAGCGAAGAUGAGUGGCGCGCUUUUUCACGUGGAUUCGUUAAUAUGGAUUCCAAUUUAUUUCAUGCGCGUUAUGAAACCAUUAAGGAAUAAUCGUCAUUAAUUAUAUCCUUGGAAAUAAUCAUUAAUAAUUAUAUCCUUGAGAAUAAUCAUUAUUAAUUAUAUCCUUGUAAAAUAUUGUAGUAUCGCGUUCACCUCGAUAUCGCAUAAGCGUUCCGAUGUAGCUCUGAACGAUUCCGUUUUAGAAUUGCGCCAUUUGCUGUUUAACGCGAUAAAAAAGUCUCCCUGAACGCUAUUGAAGAUAAAUAGCUGGCUGUCGACGACGCAGCCGCUUUUUGGACAGCUAAGCAAUUAAAGCGGUUGUUUGCCAUCUUGCGACGUGCGCUACCGCUUACCUCGCUCUUACUUUCUUAGAAAAUUUGAGAGAGAGUUAUUCCUAGAGCGAAAUUGCUUGACAUAAGAAUGACAAACUCGUCAAACUCGUUGGGUGUGGGCUCGUGGUUACACAGUAAUAGAAAAGUCGGGGUUAGAAAUGGUCACUGCCACGGAAGCGACAGACAAAUCGUUGCGUAAGCGAGUGAUAGCGAAAGUUCUCGCUGCCGCAUUGUCAACUAUACCGUCUACUCAGAACCGGAGAGGACGACGGUCCGAGGAAUGCGACAAUUAAGCUAAGGGUGCAGUAUACUUCAUGGAGAUCAAUCAUGAUGCCUUUGUUUAAGGCUUAUAAUUUAAGGCUUUAACACUAAGAUUAGUCUUCCCAAUAAUAGCCCCCUGAGAAAUCUUGCCAAAAAUAUUAAAAUUUUUUACUUUACAU